AUCGGCUCAUCGCCCUGAAAUGCUAGGGAAAUGAAUGCUAGCACGUGUGAAUAGACAACACACGUUUUUUUAUGGUUCUCAGGGCUUGGUGAUUCAAUACAAACAUUAGUGUCCUUUUAUUGUAUAAGUAACUAAGAAACUGGCUAUCAAGCCACCUUUAGUAGAAAUGACGGACAAUGUAGAUGAUGAUAAUCUGAAUCGAGUCAAUGAGGGUGACUACGUUGUACUAAAACGAGGGGAGAUUUACAAAGCUGUGCAAAUCCAGAGGAAGAAGAAAGUCAUCUUUGAAAAGCAAUGGUUCUUCCUGGACAAUACAGUUGGGGAGCUGUACGGGACCAUAUUUGAAGUGAAUGGUGGAGCUCUCCAGCCACGCAAGCCCAAACAAUUAGAAAGCUCUACUGAUGCCAAAGAGGCGGGGACCGACAACAGAAACAUAGUAGACGAUGGGAAGUCCCAGAAACUCACCAGAGACGACAUCGAGACCCUUAAAGAGCAAGGUCUGAAGGGACAGGAAAUCGUACAGCAGCUUGUGGAGAACAGCUCUACGUUCCGAGAUAAGACUGAGUUUGCCCAACAGAAAUACAUUAAGAAGAAGAAGAAAAAGUAUGAGAACAGCGUGACGAUACUCAAGCCAUCCUGUCGCAUUCUAGCCAUGAUGUACCAUGGCAGAGAGCCAGGAAAAGUGCUCCAUCUACGCUAUGACACGCUAGCCCAGAUGCUGACCUUGGGGAACAUCCAUGCAAGCAGCAAGGUACUGGUGUUUGAGACCUGCGCUGGCCUCGUGCUGGGGGCCGUCAUGGAAAGGAUGGGAGGGUACGGCUCAGUGGUUCAGAUGUACCCUGGAGGGGGCCCUGUCCGGGCAGGGAUGGAGAGCUUUGGCUUCCCGGAACACUUCCACAAAACUCUCCACGAAUUCCCCAUCUGUCACGUCAACGCCCUGCUAGCAGGGACCCUCGAUACCGCCUCCAGAGACCCUGGCGGAGAUGCAGUCCAGGCCAAUGGUGCCGUGUCAGGAGAGCAGGCUGGCCCGACCCAGACAGACCCAGGGCUGCAGGGAAGCCCGGAGGUCCAGAACAUGGAGACCAGCACCAAUUCUGCAGAGGAGAAGGAUCAGGAGGAGAGGGAGAAACGCAGAGAACUCAGAACUCAGGAGAAGAAGGUGAAGAUGGAGGAGAAGAGAAAGAAACUAGCAGCCGCUGCCGCCCUGCUGGAGGGAAGAAACGCUGACGGGUUGAUCAUAGCCAGUCGCUUCCAUCCGUGUUCGGUUGUGACUGGGCUCAUUAAGUUCCUGGCACCCUCCAGACCCUUUGUAGUGUACUCCCAGUACAAAGAGCCUCUGAUUGAUUGCUACACGAAGCUCAAAGAAAAAGGGGGCACGGUCAACCUCCGACUUACUGAAUCCUGGCUCAGACAUUACCAGGUGUUACCUAACAGGACUCACCCUCAGCUUACCAUGAGCGGAGGAGGGGGCUAUCUUCUCACCGGAACAACGGUUGUCAUGGACACCCCAAAACCCGCAGGUUCACAGAAAACCGAUGAGCCGGCACCAAAGCGACCAAAAUUAACAGACUGAAGGACAGCCAGCCCUGGCACUGUGUGUGUGGAACGAUUAACACUGAGGUGUCUCCCACCUCAUGUUUCCUUUAACUAAACUGCUGCCUUAAACAUGACCUGGUCGGCUCUUACCAUUAUAAUUUUUCCUGUGUUUUAGACCAAUACAUUAUAAGAGAAAAUGAUGAGAGCAUGUGCAAAAUGCUCUUACUGUUAGAGCAUUUUCAUUAUAGAUAUACUGUUGUCUGGGCUGAGGAAAUGUUUCAGUCCUCCUGAGAUUGUAAUAAAACAAGGCUAUGGUUUUGCUAGUGACUACUAAGCUUUUGGCUUUAAAAUGCAUCCGACUGAUUCACGUUCAGGUUUUAUUUUGAGUUAUAUUUUUUUAGCAGUAAGUGCCAUUAGUAGUUAAGAUUCCAUUUUGUGUAAUAGCUUUGAUCUGUGGGUCUCUGUUGGAAUGAUAAUAAAUACCAUAAAGCCGU